AUGUCUACAGGAGAGGGGUUUGCCCAGUUGGAACGUUUUUAUUAUGAUUCAGCUUCAAAAACCUGCAAAAGUUUUUUCUACAAAGGGCUUAAAGGAAAUCAAAAUAAUUUUUUGAAUUUAAGAGCGUGUCAACUUGCUUGUCUCCCUCUGGACAACCCUUGUAUUGGUCAACCAGCAAAAAGCGAGAGUGGCCAAGUCUUCUUUUGCUCUGCCACAAAUAGAGAUACUUGCCCUGUCAAUUUUUGGUGCCAUCUUGGAACAGUUCCAGAAACUACUGUUUGCUGCCCUGGAGGCAAUUUAAAUUUCUUAAAAUUUGUAGAAUUACAUAUAUUUAAAUUUUAG